GAUGCAAACACACACAUGCAAAAUGGCUAAAAUUUGAAACUAGAGACCUCUAUUUUUUGAACAUCAAUUGAAAAGUGGUUGGUUCUUUAUUUUGUGGAAAAUCGAAAAACGAUUCAACUGAAUCCACUGGAUCCAAGAGAUCCAACCAGUCAAUCAUAAUUCUUCAAGUUGAUAGUUUAUUAAUAUUUAAUAUAACCACAAUAAUCAACAGGUUAAUUAAACUGACACACUGAAGACUAUUGAGUAUUAAUUUUUACACGUAUUCAGUGAAGGAUAUUAAUUAAAAAUUAAAAACAACAAAAUGAGUGGUUAUUAUGGAACAAUGCUGCUUGCAAGCAUCACAACAAUUGCACUUGGAACAGGAAUGUAUCAUUUUUUCUUUGAUAAAAAUAUCAUGGAUUCAAUUUACUGGUUUUUUGUUGAAACAGACAGUUAUUUGUGGUGGAAUCUUGGAAUCGUAAAUGCAGUAUUUUUUUCAGUAGCUGGUGCAGCUGUAGGAAUAUGGACAACAGGCAGUACAAUAAUGGGUGCUGGUGUCAAGGCACCACAUAUAAAAACAAAAAAUUUAAUAUCAAUUAUAUUUUGUGAGGCUGUUGCAAUUUAUGGUUUGGUUAUUGCUAUUUUAAUGACAACAAGUAUGCCACAAUGGAAGAUCGAUUAUGCUGGUGAUAUUGAGAUACUCAACAAGCUUAGACAUGGAGGAUAUGUUGCAUUUGGAUGUGGUACAAUUGUUGGAGUUGCUAAUCUUUGUUGUGGUGCUGUUAUUGGUGUUGUUGGAUCAGGUACUGCUCUUGCUGAUGCUUCAAAUCCAUCACUUUUUGUUAAAAUUCUUUUAUUUGAAAUUUUUGCAUCUAUCAUUGGUAUUUACGGUCUUAUUGUUGGUGUUUUUCUGACCUCCAAGUUACCAACUUUAUAAGUAGUCAAUAAUUGAUGAGAAAAUAAUCUUGUUGGAAUAAAUGAGGGCCAUUGAUACAAUGGAAAAUAAUCAAGAAGUCAAAUAAGAAAAAAAAAUAUAUAUUAUUCUCUAAAAUACAUGAUAAAAUUUAUAUACAA